UGCAUACGGAGUGUGAGACGGCACUGUACUUGCGCGCAAUUAAUCAGGUGCAGGUGUAACAUAAUAGUGCCAUUCCAUUUUUGUGCAAGAGAUGAGACAACAAGCGAAAUCUGUUCCCAGAAAACGACGAAGAAAACGCGUCAAAAUGGCUUUGUAGCGAUUAACUGCACACUCAAGCACCGUGCAUAUCCGUUAGGAUUGCACCAGACAACAAUAAUCAUGGCUCUGUUUGCGUCGCACACCCACAACAGCACCCUUAUUGGGUUGGCUCGAGAAUUUUCCUUAUUCCCACAAUCAUUUUAUCAUCAAGUAAUCCACCAAGGAAGAAAAGAUGGCUCUCUACAGCAUGGAAUUCGAUACGAUGGCCUCGCUCUUGAGCGAGGAGCCCAGCAGCCUCUGGGCUGCAGGGCAAGUUGAUUUCCUCAAGGAUGAAGGGUCUUCGGACUUUGGGGGAUCUACAGGCAACCUUGCUGAUGAUUUGCUGGAGGAAAUCAGUGGACAACAUUCAGAAGGGGAUUCCCUGUCUGAAGAACUUCCUGAAUGGAUGUCCGAGAAGAUCUCAUUGACUCAAUGGAUCGAUGCAGCAGACAUCAUGCCAUCUGACCUGCUGACUACUGUCCCCUUGUCAAUCCCCAAGGGAGCAUCCAUUGAGCCAGCAGAGGAACUGCUGCAAACUUUGAUGGUGGAUGAUCGCAUCCCCCCGCAACCUCCAUCUCCAGGUGAGCAGCAGGCUCCGGAUCUUCUGGCCCUGUCUCCAGCAGGAUGCCUGUAUUCCCCCGAGUCCCCCAUGUCCCCAUCCUCACCUUCCAGCAGCAUGGAGCCACCCAGUCCGAAGGCUGAUCCACCAUCGGCCGAAAAGCAGCUGUGGCAAAUAGCUGAAGGACUGACGACCAUUUUUCUACCCGAGAUUGACCAGAGUGAGCUCCUCAGCCCCCAGUCAGGCCCCGAGUCUAGUCCUGCUUCCCCACAGUCCUCGGCAGAAGAGGAAGAAGAGCGGAAGAGUAGGCAGUGCACCCUUCGGAAGAAGGCGCGGGCAAAGCCGAAGCUCAGGACUGUCAAUGAUCCUGUGAUUAAGAAGAGCAAGAAACGGGAUCAGAAUAAGGUCGCCGCCACCAGGUAUCGCCAGAAAAAGCGCCUGGAGGCUGACGUCCUGAUGAAAGAGCAAUUGGAACUAGACGGGAAGAAUAAAGAGCUCAAGGAUAAGGUUGAAUCUCUCACACGAGAGAUCAAAUACCUUCAAGACUUGAUGGCCGAAGUUUAUAAGGUCAAGGGAGAGCUGAAGAUUUUACAGAAGUAACUUUGGCCGUCUAUGUGGUUUGUCAGUCUGUAAAUAUGCUUUUUGCCAUUGCUGUAGUCGUGAGUUCUUAGUUUUGAAGUGUAUGUGUGGUCUUAAUCCACUUUCAGAUCAGUAGAGGAUUGAGGCUUUAUAUGCCAAGCUUGCACCCCCUUUUUCUGCCCCAGCACUCAAAUUAUUUCUUCAGUUGUCGACAUGAUUUCUAUUAUUCUAAUACCAUCGCUGAGUUAAUAAUUAUUUAAAUGAGAUUGUUUUUUUCUGUGUUUAUUUCCUUAACGUGGUUCUCCUCAUAUGACAGUUGUAAAUAAUUCCUACUUUAAACCGCAUUGUGAGUGAAGCAUUGUACUCUCAUUAUCCAUGUACAUGUACAGUGUUCUUGAGGUUUCAGUUGCACAUAUCGAAGUGUUGCAUCUAAUUUCAUCUUGAAAUUGCGCAGAAUAGCUGCAGUUUAUAAUUCUUUGUGUUAAUGUACUAUAGAUAAAAUGUUGCCUUUAGCUUAGUCAUGUAAGCGCUCAUUUUGAGCCAUUUGAAGAAGUGACCAAGGACCAUUCUACCAAGGCACAAUUUUAAUGUAUGAACAUGAAAUAUAUGUACACAUCCAUGUCGCAACAUUUCACUGAGUACAUGUACCUACAAUUUUGUGGUCAGAUGCUGCCGCAGCACCAUAUUUAGGUCGGAUUUGCUGCAGUUCUGUAAUCCUGUGAACAUGACAUGCACUUGCUUUUAAACAGCGGUUGCUGUUUUAAAGUGUGUCAUUACUUGAAGUGGAGGUUUUAAUGUUGUAACUAUUCCACUAAAGUGAGGAUUGUGUCUGUUAACAUUGUCCAGGGUACACAGAUGCAUCUGCCCCCCUCGCGCUCCUUUCAAACUGUAAAAAUGCAUUUACACGUAGUUCUAAUACCAAAUUGGGUAACUCAAAAAUAUUUUGGGCAUUCUG